AUCUAGCAUUGUUGUUUUGUUUCCAAGGCGAACAAAACCGGAGGACUCGAAGAAUUUUCAAAGGGAAAUCCUUUGGCUGCUAGGUUACGGUAAAUGUGGAUGUACUAACAAAAACUUUCCUCUGCUGCCAUGGAAACCGCUUCCUAUCCAAUUCUGCACACUCCUCUCAUCAUCAACAACAAUUGCAAAUUCCAUGAAUUCCCCAAAAACCAUUUCCAUUUUCUCCCUCUAUUUUCGUCUGCUUUCUCGAGGAAAGUCAAUUUUCCCGGCAAAAGUUUGCAGUUCAAGCGAUUCACGGCCUCGUGCUCUUCAUCCAGCUCUUUUGAGCAGAACCCAUCUCAAGACCUCGCUGUUCUUCUUGAAGUUGAAGGGGUCCUAAUGGACGUGUAUCGCUUGGGCAAUCGCCAAGCCUUCAAUGUAGCAUUUCGAAAGCUGGGGCUGGACUGUGCAAACUGGACCGAACCUAUCUAUCUAGACCUUCUAAGGAAGAGUGCUAGUGAUGAGGAAAGGAUGUUGAUCUUGUAUUUUAAUAGGAUUGGUUGGCCUACUUCACUGCCCACAAGUGAGAAGGGAUCAUUCAUGAAAAGUGUUCUGCGAGAAAAGAAAAAUGCAUUGGAUGAUUUGCUGAUAUCAAAAAGUUUAACCUUAAGACCGGGUGUUGAAGAUUUUAUAGAUGAUGCAUAUAAUGAAGGCAUACCUGUGGUCAUCCUGACAGCCUACAGUAAAAGUGGUGAUAAAAUUGCAAGAUCCAUUGUUGAUAAGCUUGGAAAUGAUAGAAUAUCAAAGAUAAAGAUGGUCGGGAAUGAGGAGGUGGAGCGGAGUUUUUACGGCCAACUUGUACUUGGUAAAGGAGCAUCUUCUAGUAUGGAUGAGCAACUUGCCCGGGAAGCAAGAAAGGCAGCUUCUGCUGAGAAACAAAGAAUUGCGGAGGAGGUUGCAUUGAUGCUGAAAUUAAGUGUUGAGAUUGAUACUAGCUCAACUGAUAGCUUACCCAAGAUUGUGGCUGCACUACGAGCAGGAGCUGAAUAUGCUGGGGUCCCUGUCUACAAUUGUGUGCUUGUUGCUGGAAGCCAAUCUGGUGUUUCUGGAGCUGAACGGAUAAGCAUGCCUUGUAUUGUUCUUCGGAGCAGUUUGACAUCUAGGGCAGAGUUCCCUUCAGCAAGUGCAAUAAUGGACGGCUUUGGUGGUGCGGACCUGACAAUUUCUAGACUUCGUAACAAGCGAUGGUCCUGAAUGUCAUUCAAAUGCUUACUAUUAUCAUGAUGAAUGAGUCUCAUCGUGAAUUGUGUCCAGGCAGGCAUUUAACUCUCCCAAACAGGCCCUUCUAUCAGAUAUUUGUUCGUUGCAGACAGCUGCUUCGUCUUUUCUUUUUUUGAUUGACAUCAACUAUCGAAAUAGAGUUUCUUUGUAUCUUCAAAAUACUUCAAACUCAUUUAACCAUAAUAACUAUUUCCCCUUUGUUUGGUUUUGUUGUU